AUGAACCACCUUCCCCAGGCAUGGGGCCGUCCACGCGAUGAUGUCUAUGGACCAUACGAUGCUUCAUAUCUCCAAUCUAGUCACCCUCAGACCCACACUCAGCAGCCCAUAGUCACAGGAACAUCGGUCCUCGCGGUCAAGUUUAAGGAUGGGGUCGUCAUCGCUGCAGAUAACUUAGCUUCCUACGGUUCUCUCGCCCGUUUUACAGACGUAAAACGCCUCCGGCCCUUCAACUCCCGCGCAAUUGUCGGCAUCGGUGGCGACGUCUCAGAUAUGCAAUACCUCGACCGGCUCCUCAACUCCCUCGACGUCACCGAGAAUUACUCUUCAGAAGGGCAUGGCCUUAACGCCAGAAAUCUACACACCUACCUCUCAAAAGUCAUGUACAAGCGCCGCUCCGACGUCAACCCACUGUGGAAUCAGAUGCUGGUAGCCGGACUCGAUGGGGAUGAUAAGCCAUUUCUGAGCAGCGUAGAUCUAUUGGGCACAACAUUCAGUAGCCCUACGCUGGCAACAGGAUUCGGAGCACAUUUAGCACAGCCAUUGUUGAGAAAAGUGGCGGAUGACGAGAGCCAGGUCUCGGACGUGACAAGGGAGAAGGCUGUAGAUGCGGUGAAAGAGUGUAUGAAGGUGCUAUUCUACAGAGAUGCAAGGAGUCUGGAUAAGUACUCGAUCGCAGUGGUCACGAAGGAGGGCGGUGUGGAGUUGAAGGAAGAUGAACAGCUGGAGAACCAGAGUUGGGCGUUCGCCGAGACCAUCCGUGGUUAUGGCCGAACGCAGGAGGUUUAA